AUGGAGACUUCGCCAACCAGAGAGCCUACGCUCGUCAGAUCGCCCUCCUUCCAAAAGUUCUCACGCUUCAACCGAGAUGCUUCGGCCUGGAUUGCAGUAGCAGAUGUGGUACUCUGGGCUACUGCCCAGCAUGCCUCUGAUCAAGGAAGAGGAACACAAAUCUCUUGUUGGAGCUGUGGCUGUUCAUCAGGUGAAGAAGUCUAUUAUUUGAGCAUGAUCUGGAAAAGAGCGUUGGCAUCAAUCUUCCCUUCAACAGGGCUGAAGCUUCUUGGUACGGACAUGUGUGACGAGAAGAUAGAGAUCGCUCGAAAAGGCGAAUAUCCAUGGUACUCCCUGAAGGGACUGCCUUUGGAUUGGCAUGAAGAAUAUUUUGAAGCUCCCAACUUCCCAGCAGGUCGAGCGAAAGGCCGCCCGAAAGCCGCCGAGCGCCUGGAGGCUGCAAAGGCUUUCGCCGAGCAGGACCCACCUUCGUACAAAAUCAAGGAGAGUGUGAAGUCUGGUGUAAGCUUCCUUCAACAGGAUGUGACAGAAGAGAUGCCAGAGGGUCCCUUCGACAUCAUCCUUUCACGCUAUGCCGUAUGUCUUUAUUUGCAAAGCCCGCAGCUCUCUACUGUCUUGGCAGACAUGGUGCAGAGACUGCGACCAGGAGGUUUUCUGGUGAUUGGCGCAAAGGAUCACUUGCCCAAUGGUUUCGGAGAGAGAUUCGGCCUAAGUGCUGUGGACUAUCGAGGAGAGGAGGUCAGCUCUAGCGAGGUUCUUCGGUGCAUCUUCCAGAAAACUCCCCUCUCCCUACCUUCACCUGGACGUCGUGCUCAGUUCUAUUCUCAAUUCGUGCGAGCCCUGGGUAGCGAGCCCUACUGGAUCGCCGAACGAAAGCAACUGGAGCGUCAGCGGCUGGCCUUCCGCAUGAACCAAAAAAGCAGAGAUCUCAUGCAGAUGGCACUUGAUGAAGGCCGUCGGAAAGCUGAAAGUCUCUUUGCUCGGGGCAGCAAAACCCGGGCCGAGUGGAUGCAGGCUCGAGAAGUCUUUCAGGAAUCCAAGAAGCUUUCCACAGGUAGUUCCAUUCCGAAGGAGGAGCGUGCGAGUCGCUUGAAGAGUUUCCUGAAGCGCUUAGAACAGGACCUGGCUGAGCGCGGCCGACGGACUUUGGCAGCGCAGCUGGAGCAGUUUCUACCAAGUGGCUUCAAGAAGAAAAAGAAGAAGAAGAAAAAGAAGAAGAAGAAGUCAAAAAAGUCAAAGAAAAAGAUCGUGGAGUUUGUGGAGGUGGAUGAUGUGCAGGAGAACGAGGAAGGUGAACAUGGUGAGUAUGGUGAAUAUGCUGAAUAUGACGAGGUUGACGUGGAGCACAUCGUGACUUAUGCUGUAGAGCAAGAUUUAGAUGUUGAAGAUCUUGCUGAUGACCUUGCUGCUUUGUACGAAUGCCAAACAGACUUGAAUCAUCCAAGCCUUGAUUCGGACACGCCAAAGUCUGCGUUAAGCCAGUUUUAA